GCAGUUUUUCCUCGAUAAUGUCGUCGAUCGUGUUGCUUUGCCUUCAAUUUUAUAUGUCUAUUCUUUUCGCAUGUUUAGCUUACUUUCAUGUUGUAAUUAUUUACAGUGUCAUCUAUAAAUAGCAAUGUUUUCGAGUACAUAUUUCUUUAUGCCGUAAUACUUUAAUUACCACGAAACAAUACUUAAUUGACAUAGAUGUCUGGUGGUCACAAGCACCGUUAUAAGAACGCAGGCUUGAGUGCUGAUGAACUGCGUCGCCGUCGAGAAGAAGAAGGUGUGCAGCUCCGGAAACAGAAAAGAGAACAGCAGCUUUUCAAGAGAAGAAAUGUAAAUCUUCCUGCACCAAAUGCACCCGACAACUUAUUGCAGGAUGAUAUCAAUAUAUCAGCAUCUGAGGACAUCACUCCAGCCAUGGUUGCUGCUUUAUAUAGCGACAAUCCCCAAGAACAAGUUAUGGCAACUCAAAAGUUUAGAAAACUAUUGAGUCAAGAACCAAAUCCUCCAAUAGAUGAAGUGAUUCGGACUGGCAUAGUUCCUAAAUUUGUGGAAUUUUUGACUACUAUAAAUCCAGCACUACAGUUUGAGGCAGCAUGGGCUCUUACAAACAUAGCAUCUGGUUCAUCGGAACAGACCCGUGUUGUAGUGGAGUGUGGUGCAGUGCCUGUGCUUGUGAGCUUGGUUGGGGGCGGCGCAAGUGACGAUGUCCGUGAACAGGCGGUGUGGGCUCUCGGUAACGUCGCCGGGGACUCGCCGCGUUGUCGGGACACCGUGCUUGCUGCUGGAAUCUUACCACCAUUGUUAGAAAUAUUAAAUAAGUAUACCAGGUUAUCUAUGACGAAGAAUGCAGUCUGGACUCUAUCAAAUUUGUGUAGAGGCAAAAAUCCGCCGACGAACUUUGAAGCUGUUGCUCCAGGAAUUCCAGUGUUGGCGCGAUUGCUACAUCAUACCGACGCAGAUGUAUUAAGCGACGCAUGCUGGGCUCUCUCGUAUCUGUCAGACGGACCAAAUGAAAAGAUACAAGCAGUGAUAGAUGCUGGAGUUUGUAGGCGACUUGUGGAACUAUUAAUGCACAACAAAUCAACAGUUGUAUCGGCGGCAUUGAGAGCUGUCGGUAACAUUGUGACCGGCAAUGACGCGCAAACACAAGCAGUGCUGAACUGCAAUCCUCUACCCAACUUGCACGCGCUGUUACGGUCCAGCACAGAGGCGCUACGUAAGGAAUCAUGCUGGACACUUUCAAACAUAACAGCUGGCAAUGCUGCACAGAUUCAGGAAGUAAUAGAUGCCAACAUUUUCCCAGCGCUGAUUGAAAUUUUGAGGCAAGCUGAAUUUAAAACAAGGAAAGAAGCAGCUUGGGCUAUUACUAAUGCCACUAGUGGAGGCAGUCAUGACCAAAUUAGGUAUUUAGUUGAGCAAGGUUGUAUACCACCUUUAUGCGAGUUAUUAACUUUAACGGACGCUAAGACUGUCCAAGUGGCUCUAAAUGGAUUAGACAAUAUAUUGAAGGCAGGGCAACAAGCUGAUCAACGAGACAAUCCUUAUGCCGUCCUCAUUGAAGAGUGCUUUGGUUUGGAUAAAAUAGAAUUUCUCCAGUCACACGAAAACCUUGACAUUUAUCAAAAAUCUUUUGAGAUUAUUGAGAACUAUUUUGGAUCUGAAGAAGAGGAUGGCAGACUUGCGCCUGCGGUGUCGUCUACUACGGACCAAUAUCAAUUCAAUACCGAUCAGUCGGUUCCUAUGGGUGGCUUCCAAUUCUAACCUAGGCUUAUAAUUAUACUUUAUAUUGAUGCUGACCGUGCAGUGAGUAUAAUUAUAUUGUGAUGUUUUGUAAAUUUAUUGUUUCUUUAGUCACAACUGUGGAAUUCGAAAAGUUUCAUUUAAAUCUUAUCAAUCUAUUAUUUAAGCUUUUAUAUUUAACAUUGUGGCGCGGAUAACUACUACAGCUUGUUUCCAUGAUCUUUUAUAUCCUAAGGGAGUUAAUAUAUUAUUUAGAUAUUUUAUUGUUUUUUGUUAAUCAUUAGACAUGGUUGUUUUCAGGAAUAUUUACAUUCUAAUUUAAAUCUGCGUAGAUAAUUUGUAGUCAAAAUUUGGCCACAGCAAUCAUGAACUGGGGGAAAAGUAAAAUAAAAAGAAUAGACAUUAUGCCAUUUUGUGCUCUUAAAUGCUGUGCAAUAAGGACUGGCGCUCGCUGCCGGCACGCUACGGCGGGGCAUGGCAAAGGAAUUUACGUUACUACUCAAGUUAUUUAGAAUCUUAUUUCCAUGAGUUUAGGAUUCAUGUUACUUUAUUUCGAUAUCGCAAUGCCACGGCACGUGGCAGAGUGCCGUGGCAUGCCGUUUAAUUCUACGGGUUACCGCAGCAUUUAUGUGAUUUCUAAGCUAAUAAAAAUAAGGUUGUGCAGCGGGUAUGGCAGAGUGACUGAGCUUUCGGCAGAAUGCCGCGGCGUGCCAUGCCGGCAGUGAGCGCUGGAUCUAAGUUUCUUACAAAAUAUAUCACAAUUCUACUAGGAAAUUACACAGGAAUUAAGGAAACGUUAUAAUUCAUAAUCAAUUCGUAAAAUUGACCUAUAUAAAAUAAGAUUAUAUGUAGAUAGAACCACUACAUGUACUUCCUAUUUAUACAUAUACUUUUAAAUGCAAUAAUUAUCAUAAAUUAAUUUAGUGCUUAUGGCAUUAGGACCCAUGUAAUACUUGAUUAGAUUAUUAAAGAUACAAUGGGUUAUGGCUAUAACUAAAACACACCUGGUAACAUCUACAUUUAUUGGAAUCAAAGUGCUUGUUAAAAGUGAGAUCAUAGUUUUGUGUAUGUACCGUAUAGUAGUUAGCAUACCAUAUAUAGGUAGGUAUAUUGACCAAUAUUGACAAUAUCAGCUUUGUAAUACAUAGGCAAUAUGCUUACUCGGCAAUAUUGGAAAUAAAAUAUGUUUGAACAUAAUAUGACCAAUUUAUUUCUUUUAGCCGUGUAUCAAAACUCACUAUUUUGCUUUAUUGUGACUGAAGAAAAUUUCUUUUUUCAGAUAUGUAUGUGUAUACAGAAGUGGGUAGUAUCUACAACUUCGUAUGAAUUAACUGUUUUCAGAUCAAACUAUCUACACAAUGUGUACAUUAUUAUAUUAUGCACCCAUUAUGUAUAGAUUAUUUUAUUAAUUUAUAUAAUUAACAAAGGAAUUCGCC